UUUUGUGAACUGUCGUUCCCCACCACCGUUACUUUACUCUAGUCGUCUUGUUCUGCGCGUCGCUACGGUCGUGUCAUUUGCGUGCGCGCACGUGUAUAAGUUAGUGCGUAUGGCCACUUUUUCGGAUUUUGAAUAAAACACAAUGGUGAUCUCACAGGAGAUGGUCUCAAAAGCGGAGGAGAUCGCAGAUCAGGUAAUUCGCAAUGGCAAACAUGUGCUUCCAACAUUGGCAAGAGUAUGUCUCAUAGCCACAUUUCUGGAAGAUGGCUUACGAAUGUGGUUUCAAUGGAAUGAGCAAAGAGAAUACAUGAAUACUUCAUGGGGCUGUGGCAAAUUCCUGGCAACUGUGUUUGUGCUAGUGAAUUUGGUCGGUCAGCUAGGUGGAUGUGUCAUGGUGAUUGGCAGAUGGCGAGUCAGCAUAGCCUGUGGCGUUCUGUUCUUCAUAGUGAUCCUACAAACCAUUGCCUACAGUAUCCUGUGGGACAUGCAAUUUUUAUUCAGAAAUCUAGCGUUAAUAGGGGCACUUCUGUUAGUACUAGCUGAGUCCAGGGUAGAAGGUAGAUCACUAUUUGCUGGUGUGCCCAGUCUCGGUGAUAACAAGCCCAAGAAUCUGCUACAACUUGCUGGCCGAAUUCUGCUGGCAUUCAUGUUUAUCACCUUGAUUCGCUUCGAGAUAUCUAUCCUGCAAAUCUUGCAAGACAUUCUUGGCAGUAUUCUCAUGGUACUGGUAACAAUUGGUUACAAAACUAAGCUGAGUGCAUUGCUACUUGUGCUUCUGCUCACUGGACUCAAUUUCUAUCAUAAUGCAUGGUGGAGUAUUCCUGACUAUAAGCCGCUCAGGGACUUCCUCAAAUACGAUUUCUUCCAGACAUUAUCAGUUAUCGGAGGCCUUUUGAUGAUAGUUUCUCUAGGUCCAGGUGGGGUAUCGAUGGAUGAGCAUAAGAAAGAAUGGUAAAAGCGGUACUCCUAAAAGUGUGAGGAGUACGCAAUUAUUUCGGUUAUCACGAAAGUUAAACAUGUCUCCCAUUCCUAUCCCUUUGUAUGCUCAAAAAAAUCUUAGGCGAUUCAUUGUGUGUCAAACUUCGAAGGAAAAAAUUCAGUAUGUCAAGAUAUAAUAUAUAUCAUUGGUCCAGCUGUAUAUUCUGUGUAAACUCCUGUGCCGACAACUGCCGAUUCAGUAAAUGUCAUUGCGUAACUAUUUUAUAUCUGAUUACAUGAUUUAUAUUAUAUAAUUAUAUACAUUUGAAACUAUAUAUACCGAAUCGACAGUUAUUGGUAGACAUGUACGGAAUAGUAGCCUAGGGCGAUCGUUGUACGGUUAAUUGAGAAUCAUUAACGAACACACACUACAACCAGAUACUCGAAAAAAUCCAAAAUGAUCAGUAUAACACUUUAUUUAAGAUUAUAAAAUUAACGUGGAAAAAAGAAAACACACCGUACACAAAACAAAUUUAUAUUAUGAAAAAUGGCAUUGUAUAUAUGACACUGCGGUCAAUGGAGAAAAUAUAUUUUUUUCCACGUGUUUUUAA